AUGUUCCUCACCGUGGUGUCCGGGCAUGUCAGAAGGCGUGUCUUUCUGAUUUUGGUGCUUUCAGGAAGUGAUUCUGGGAUUGGACAUGCAUUGACGAAGUACCUUGAUAAUUUAGGAUUUGUUGUAUUUGCUGGUGUCUUAAAUGAAAAAGGAGCUGGGGCUGAAGAAUUAAAAAGAAGCUGUUCCCAGAGACUUUGUGUCCUGCAACUGGAUAUAACCAGUUCUGCACAAAUUAAGGAAGCCUAUCUUAAAAUUUCAGAGAUGGUGCAAAAUACAGGGUUAUGGGGUGUUGUCAACAACGCUGGAAUCAUGGGGUUUCCUGCAGAUGGUGAGCUGCUGCCCAUGAGUGUUUACAAGCAGUGUAUGGAUGUGAAUUUCUUUGGGCAUGUAGAGGUGACCAAAAUGUUCUUACCGUUACUUCGGAAAUCCAAAGGAAGGCUAAUUAAUAUCUCUAGUAUGGCAG